AUGAGUUUCAUGCCCAUCAACCCGCGGCCGAUGCUGCAAAAUCUGGUUAAUGAGGAGGUUAUCAUCCGUCUUAAAUGGGGGCAAACCGAGUACAAAGGCCGACUUGUGAGCAUCGAUAGCUACAUGAACAUCCAGUUGUCGGGCGCAGAGGAAUGGAUCGACCAGGAAAUGACAAGUGUGUUGGGCCAAGUUCUGAUAAGGUGCAAUAACGUUUUAUGGAUCCAAGGAGCGAACCAGAGUAGUAACGGGGACACAAAGAUGGAAGGAUGA